CCCCGCAAUGUGACAACAGUACCAGCUAAUAUGUUUUUGUUAAUAAAACUAAGUUUAACAACAAGAACCUUUAGGUUUGAGGUUCUUGGUCCAGCUCAGCCUGUAGUUGCUGUAGCUGGUGAAGAUGUUAUUCUGCCCUGUUACCUCAAACCCAACAUCAGUGCUGUUGACCUGCGUAUCGAGUGGCUAAGAGUUCAUACCGAAGACCCACUUGUACAUCUUUACCGGGAUCAUAAGGACAGAAAUGAGAAUCAACUUCCAUCCUACACGGGAAGGACAUCACUGUUCCCUGAGGAAUUGAAGAAGGGAAACACUUCAUUAAAACUCUUUGAAAUCAAAGGCUCUGACAAUGGGCAAUAUAAAUGUUUUGUUCAGUCUGAUGAGUGGUUUGAAGAGUCUUCCAUUUAUCUGAAUAUUCAAGCUGUAGGAACCCAACCAGUGAUCUCCAAUGAGGGAUAUGAAGAAGGAGGGAUCAGUCUGGUGUGUGAAUCUAAAGGCUGGUACCCUCAGCCUGAAGUGGUCUGGAUGGACAGUGAAGGACACAGUCUCCCUGCUGGACACACAGAGACACACACAGACAGUAUGGACCUCUUCAUCGUGAGACGACAUGUUAUUGUACAGGAGACAGAGACCAACAGGUUCACCUGUAGAGUUCAACAGCAGCAGAUAAAUGAAAUAAAAGAGACAAUAACCAACAUCCCUGGUGAGAUGUUCCAUCGUGCCCAUCCCUGGAAAGUGACCUUUGCUGUCAUCUUCAGUCUGUCUGCUGUUGGUAUUAUUGGAUGCACAAUUUUGAUUCACCGUUUUGUAAAACUGCAGAAAAAGAGAGCUCAGCUCAAAGACCAGUAUGUUGAUGUGACUCUGGACCCUGAUACAGCACAUCCUGAACUCGUCCUGUCUGAGGACAGGAAACAAGUGAGACGUGGAGUCAUAUGGCAGGAUCUCCCUGACAACCCAGAGAGGUUUACAUACUGGGAAUGUGUCCUGGGAAAAGAGGGGUUUUCUUCAGGGAGACGUUACUGGGAGGUACAGGUUGGGGACAAGACUGACUGGGUUUUAGGAGUGGCCAGAGAGUCCGUACACAGGAAAGGAGAUUUUGAACUAAAUCCUAGUGGUGGUCUCUGGGCUCUCAGACUGGGGAGUGGGAAGUACUACUGGGCUCUCGCUGACCCCCCUGUGUCCCUCCACCUGAGCAUGAAGCCCCAGAAGGUGGGGGUGUAUGUGGACUAUGAGGAGGGUCAGGUCUCCUUUUACAAUGUGGAGGACAAGUCUCAUCUCUACACUUUCACUGGAUAUAAAUUCACUGAGAAACUCUAUCCGUUCUUCAGCCCAGGAUUCUGGUACCGCAGUAAGAAUUCAGCCCCACUGAUUAUAUCUCCUGUCGGUGACACAGACUGA